AUGGGUUGGAGCAUGUCCAGGAGCAACGCCUCGGAUUGGUGUUUCGGAGCAUGUCCAGGAGCGACGGCGACGGCGGCUCGCGGUGACGUCGGAGUCGAUGCCGUCGCGGUGACCGCAGAGGAGUUUGGGGUCGGGGUGUCUCGGAGCGACGCGGGCAGCCUCAGAGCGUCUCGAGUCGGGGUUUCGAUUUUACGUCCCACCUUCGCUCUGAUCCCGGGCUUCGUCGUCGUCCAUCUUCUUGCUGGUGUAGAUGAGCCUGUCGAGGGCCUUCUGGAUGGCGUCGCGGCCGCCGAUGAGGAGUUUGGCGAUGACUUCGGGGUCCUGCUCAAAGCGUGCCUCCUCGAACUCGCGGCGCACGUUGGCACGGAGCACAUCGCGCCACGGCACGCCGCGCGCUUUGGGCUACGCGUCUCCGGCGUAGAAGAGGAAGAAGAUGAGCGGCAGAGGAGGGCGGAGCGCGCGUCGGUGGAGCGCCUCGGCGUGGAGAGCUCGAGGAGCUCAAGCGCGGAGGGGGCGGCGGAGUGCCCGGAGCGCGCGUCGGUCGAGGAACCCGGCGAGGAGAGCUCCCGCGACCCGCCAUCAGCCAGGAGGUCUGCUGACAGUGCCGCCGUCACCAGAUCUCCGGCGAUGUCAUACAUUGUGUAUCUUGGAUCACAUCCUCAUGGCGACGACGCGACGCUCGAAGAUUUCGAUCGCGCGAUCGACUCGCACCACGAGUUCUUGGCCUCAUUUGUUGGAAGUAGGGACAAGGCGAAAGAUGCAAUGAUUUAUUCAUACGCCAAAGCGAUCAACGGUUUCGCAGCGCACUUGGAAGAGGAAGAAGCGCGAGCUAUCGCAAAUCACCCUGAGGUCGUGACGGUGUUCGAGAACAAGCUGAAGAAGCUGCACACGACUCGUUCGUGGGCUUUCGUCGAUUUGGAGAGGGACGGAAAAAUCCCCCGCGAAUCGAUCUUUCGGAAGGCUAAGUUCGGCGAAGACGUGAUCAUCGCGCACAUCGAUUCCGGUGUGUGGCCCGAAUCGAAGAGUUUUAGCGACGAAGGGUACGGACCGGUUCCGUCGAGAUGGAGAGGUUUCUGCGAGAACAACACCAAGGAUCAGGUUCCUUGCAACAGGAAGCUGAUUGGCGCCAAAUACUUCAACUCGGGAUCGCACGCGAUCGAUCCGAAAAUCCCCCGCAACAACACGGCGCGGGACUACGAAGGCCACGGCACGCACACCCUCUCCACCGCCGGCGGGAACUUCGUGCCGGGCGUGAGCUUCUUCGGCCACGCCAACGGCACCGCGAACGGCGGGUCCCCCAGGGCCCGCGUGGCCUCCUACAGGGCGUGCGGCGAUUCCGGGUGCGCCGACGCGGACAUCCUCGCGGGGUUCGACAACGCAAUCUACGACGGCGUCGACGUGAUCUCGGUCUCCCUCGGGGCGGAGCUCAGCAUUCUCGAUCCCUCGACUUACCUCGACGAUGGAAUUGCGUUGGGGUCGUUCCACGCCGCGCGGAGAGGGAUCACGGUGUCGUGCUCAGCUGGAAACUCCGGCCCGACCCCGGGCACUGUCGUCAACAUCCCCCCAUGGGUGAUAACCGUCGCCGCGAGCACUAUCGAUAGGGACUUCCCCUCGUCUCUUACCCUCGGCAAUAAGAGAAUAAUAAAGGGUGAAAGCAUGGAGACGAAAGAUCUACCGCAGAAUAAGCUUUAUCCUUUGAUCUAUGCCGCAGACGCUGCGGCUCCCAAUGUUUCUCGAAACACUGCAAUGUGGUGCAGCACUGGGGACUCGCUUGAUUCCGCGAAGGUGAAGGGGAAAAUAGUGGUGUGCUUGCGAGGAGGAGAUAUUGCGAGGAUAAUGAAGGGGAAGUCGGUUCUCGAGGCAGGCGGGGCCGGUAUGGUCCUCGCCAACGACAAGGACUCGGGCAACGACAUCGUCGCCGACCUGCACUUUCUCCCGGCCACCAUGAUCACAUACAAAGAUUCCCUUCCUCUUUUCGCCUACUUGAAUUCCACCAAGUCUCCUGUAGGUUCGAUUUCGCCAUCAAAAACAACAUUCGGCCUUAAACCCUCGCCGAUGAUGGCCCUUUUCUCGUCCCAAGGGCCCAGUUUGCCGUCACCGCAAAUCUUAAAGCCGGAUAUUACCGCACCAGGAGUGAACAUACUCGCGGCCUAUUCUCCGGUUGUUAGCGCGACCGGUGUGGACGGGGACGACCGCACGGCCUCGUACGCCUUGCUGUCGGGGACAUCAAUGUCAUGCCCGCACGUCGCGGGGGUCGCGGGACUCGUGAAGUCGCUCCAUCCCAAUUGGAGCCCCGCUGCGAUUCGAUCGGCAAUCAUAACGACAGCACGAACCCAAGACAACACGGGAAAGCCGAUUCAAGACGGUGCCGGACAAAAGGCCACGCCGUUUAACUACGGCUCGGGCCACAUCCGACCGAACCGUGCCGCGGACCCUGGCCUAGUCUACGACGCGACGUUCACCGACUACUUGAACUUCCUUUGUGCUCUAGGCUUCAAAUCGUCGAAUGUCACUCGACUCAUUAGAAAGAACUUCACUUGCCCCUCGAAGGCCGUGACUCUCGAGAACUUGAACUACCCUUCGAUCACUGUGGCCGACCUCAAUAAGACCUCGACCGUAACCCGCACUUUGAAGAACGUCGGGUCCCCCGGCACGUACAAGGCCAGAGUCAAAGCCCCGUUCGGGACGACGGUCACCGUUAAGCCCGACACCCUCAAGUUCGACAAGGUCGGAGAUGAGAAGUCGUUCACGGUUACUUUCGACUCGCACAAAGAUGAAAUCGGAAGAGGAUUUGUGUUUGGAAGGUUGAUUUGGUCCGACGGGCGGCAUUAUGUGAGGAGUUCCAUUGCAGUUAAUGCAGUUGCUUGAGAUAUCAUUCUUUUUACACCUAUUUUAAUAGGGAUUAGAAUUUGGAGUUUGAUCGAAUUAGAAUUUAGAGUUUGAAUUUUUAUUAUGUUU